GUGUUGAGUGUUCAGGUUCAGUGGUACGAACACCGCGGUUCGAGGCGGUACAGUUCGCGACACUGCGUUUUUUAUCACCUUGUUGAGUCGCGGCUUCUCAAGCGUUUUUUCUUUCAAAAUAAGUAUUGUUAUCAACGGUUGUUUUACAAGUAUAAAGGUGGCCUCGCCUUAUUCCGGGCAUUGCGUGCGCGUCUUUGUGGAAUUCGUCAAUAGAAAAAACGUGCAUUAUCGGAAAACAGUCUAAAACGUGACAAAUGAAUAAAUAAAAAUAAUAACACACUUUACUUUGAAAACAAAAAGAGUUUUAAAAAUCUCGUUUAAAAAUGGAACCUACCGGUAAAAUCAAUAUGCGAAAAGUUCUAAUAGACGUUUGCUGUGUUGCUAUCGUCGGUAUCGCGGUGCUGAUGUUCUUCCUCUUCGGGAAGCCCUACGAGCGUGGUUUCUUCUGCAACGACGAGUCGCUUUAUCACAUGUUCAAGACAUCCACGGUUACGAGUCCGAUGUUAUACGCGGUCGGAAUAUUCCUUCCGAUAUGCACGAUGGUCGCCGGAGAGUAUUUCUACUGGAAAAGAUCAGGCGCACAGUCUUCGUUCAUGAUGCUUGGAAAGGUCGUACCGUACUGGGUCGCGAUGGUCUACAAUAAGAUUGGUCUCUUUGGUUAUGGAGCAGCUACGACCGCAUUAGCCACUGACAUUGCGAAAUACACCAUCGGCCGGCUCCGACCACACUUUAUGGACGUUUGCAAACCCAACAUCAAUUGUAGCCUUCCUGAAAAUCAGCAUAGUUAUAUUACGAAUUUUACCUGCACCGCGACCAAUGUGUCGCCAAGACUGCUCAAAGAAUUGAGAUUAUCUUUUCCCUCGGGCCACUCGUCUUUCUCUGCCUAUACCAUGGUCUGGCUCGCGCUCUAUCUUCAAUUGAGAAUAACGUGGAAAGGGAGUAAACUACUGAAGCAUUUUCUUCAAUUCGUGUGCCUCAUGAUGGCGUGGUUCACCGCUAUGACCAGAAUUUCAAACUACAAGCACCAUUGGAGCGACGUGCUUGCUGGAAUGAGCUUGGGAACUCUGAUCGCUCUCAUAAUGGUUUUUUGUGUCGCGGAUUUGUUCAAAGAACGACGAGUCGCGUCAGGAAUCGAGACGAAGCUGAGGUCGGCGGAAUAUGACGCAGAAAAUGGUACACAGACGCUGUUACUUCUCGAUGCGUCGGGCCAUGCUGAGGCGGAUAUUAUGACGAUGAAACCGACAGCAACAACGGCGACGAGGACCGAUCACUGAAAGAAAUCUUCCAAUCUCUUUCAAACCACAGGGAAACUUGGGAACACACAUUUUCUUGCCUCAAAUGGUUUUCGGCCUCUCCGCACCUUACGUCUCUUGAAUACGAACAUCUUUUUCAAGCUUUUCCGACGCUAGACGAUCGACAGAGAGAGAUAAAGGACGAAUUGGAAAUUCAGAGGCUAUCUCAAGGCCUUGGAGUUUUAUCGUUGUACUCGGAAAAUUUCCAAAAAUUCAAGACUCGCUUGAAUCUGAAAGGAUUUAUUUUUUAUUGCUUGCAUUAAAAUCUUGACGAUUUAAAUUUUACCAUUGAUCACAAAUUUUCCGAGUACGAUGUAUAAACUCUCAUGAAACCGAGACUGUAGCGACUCGACGAGGGUUCAAGGGCGACAUUCAAUCGCUUUUUUGUCUGCUCCUUAAACCUCUUAUUUUAUUUUAUUUUACGAUCGAUGUUCGGUUUCAUUGUGUGCUUGGGGAGACACAUUUUAUAACAGUGAAAGGGCCGCUUAUAGAUUAUCUAAUUUUUAUACGUGUUCUCUGUUGUGUCCGUUGUCGUGUGUGCCUUUGAGAGGUGGUAGUUCUCGUGUCUAUUUUUCCUCUUUUUUCUCCAUUUCUUUUCAUUUCUCUAACCACUUUACAGCCCUUUUGUUUUAUUUUACGAGCACCAUUUGCACAAGUGGAAAUUUUCUAAUUUUUAAUCCCCUCGUAGCAAUCUUCAGCACGCGCAUUGACCAGUUCGCAAAUUGAAUUUAUGCCAAAAGAUUUUAGCCUCAAAUUCUGCACUUUUUCAACCUCCAUUCGAGAACCUUCAGAUCAAAAUGCUUUAUUGGUCAUUGCGUGUAAUGAAUCCCGCGAGUUAUAAUUUAGUUUUACGAAAAUAUUUCAUUUUCUUUUCCAUCGAGAACAGCGCCGGAACAUCGAAAUGACCAACGGCCACGAGCUCAAUCAAAUGUCCGACAAGUACACGCGUGUCGAUUUGACGAAAUAGUUCAAUAAGCCUUUCAUUUUUCGACCAACCUUUUCGAAAGUAAUAUCCGUUUGAAUUGUCACGCGUUAUUCAUCGUUUGUAAACACACGCGCGAUGUCCUCAGUCUCGUCCUGUUCGAUCGGGUCUACGAUUUUUUCGACGUCAAAUAUCCAUUUCGCAUAAGUCCUUGUGAAACAUUUAUGCGAAAUCAUUUAGUUUUAAUCCGAGCCAAGUUUCGUUAUAAAAUAAGCGUUUAUUGAAACACAGACAUCGAAAAAUUAGAACAUUACUCGAAGUAGGAUGAAGUAUAGAUAAUAAAAAAUUUAGGACCAAGUCCAAAGGGAUGAAAAUCCAUUUCCGAUUACGUUACGAUUGAAUUUUUCGAUCAUAAAGUACGAAAACUCGAUUACAGUGUUUAUAAGAUUUAUAAAUUUACUCUGAAAUUAUGUAUAUACAUAGAUUAUAUAUACGAAAAAUAUUUAUUUCGCAAAAAAAAAAGAAAAAAAAAACAAAACGAAAUCUCAUACGCAAAUAGUGGUAGAAAACUAUUGAUUUCAAUCGCAUUUUCCAAAUGUUGUGUUCAAUGGAACACAGGUUGAAAGUGCGGAUUAUCGAGAGACUAAAUUCAAAUAUUCGAUCAAUACGAAUGUAAAUACAGAGGCGCGACGAGAAAUACUAAAUUUCUCGGUUUGUUUCCUACGACCCCCACGAAUUGUCUCGAAUCCAUUGUAAAUAUUACAAAUUUCGUACUAAUAACAAUAACGAAAAAAGGAAAGCGUCGAUCGCAUCGGCUUUUCAAGUGUUUUUGUUCACGAGUAUUACUAUGCAGUAAAUGCAACUAUAAAUACAUUUUUGUAUUUAAAUGGAUGUAAGAAAUACCGAUUAGAAAUUAAAUUGAGAGGAAAAACUGGCGAUAAAAGAAAAAUUAUGCUGAUUUUGCAAAUACUAUUUAUUCGUUGCUCUAAAGUUCUGUCAAUAUUCCGAAUAUUAUCAUAUUUUCGUAUUACUUGAUCAUUAUGAUUGGUUAUUUAGAAAAAAAAUGAUUGCAGAUAUUAAAAAAACUUGCGUAAAUUAUAAUGGUGCCUUCUACGAUGGCCAAUGCCACCGGUGGAACUUUUCUAAUGUUGAAUUUAAUGCUAUUGCGAAUGUUGAUAUUACGUUAAUAUACAUUAUCGAAUAAUGUUAUUUUACCUCACAAUAUACACACAUAUUUAUAUAUAAAUGAAUAAAUAUAUAUUUUAGUUAUGUUAAAAUGGUGUCAAAUCAUGUCACAAAUAAUAGGGUUUUUGUGGUGGAAUACGUGUCAUUUACUGUAAAAUCCGAAUGAGCGGAUAAAACUGCAAAAGUUUUAAGUUAUUUAUGUACAAAGUGUUUAUACACUUUUUCAAUGAAUUCGAAUCGAAAUUUC